GUCGUUCUGGUUGUCAUUCUCGGGCGCAUCGUUGCCGUGCGGAAGAAAACACUUUCUGUUGUGAAACUCCCGUGGGUUUUUUUCGGUGCAUUUUGUGGCUAGAAAAGAAAAUCAUGAGUGAUGCCGAACAGAGCGAAGAUGGACAAGUGAUGAGCGGCGUCGAGCUGAGCCCAUCGGACGACGAGGAAACGACCGACUCGCUGGACAUCAAACCACCGCAGGCGAGCAGCACCUACUAUGGCAUGAGCAAGCGCAAGGACAGGAAGGGGAAGGAUCGACGGCACGCCAAGGACCAUCUGCGCCAUCACAUGAUGAUGGAGCGGGAAGGUGACCGCGACCGGGACCGUGGCGGCGAACGGCGCGUUGACCGUGGAAGCAAUCGGAUGGAGCGGGAGCACUACUACCGCGAGCGGGAGCAUCAUGCAGCCAGCGGUCGUGAGCAGCACCGACACGCAGGGCAGGGGCAGGGCUCUUCAUCGCGCUCGGGAAGUGGACGGGAUCGAAGCGGCAGCGGCAGAGAAACCAGCUCCCGAGACAAACAUCACUCGUCGCGGUACGAAAUGAACCCAUUCUACGGGGAAAUGCGUGAAACGUAUCACAGCAAGCGGGAACGGGACCGGGACCGCGGUGAGCGGGAGCACCGGGGCGAGCGCACCGACCGAGAAAGGGAGCGUGAGCGAGAGUACAACGAAAAGCAGCAGCGCCGGGCGGAAGAAAAAGCGACCGAUCCGGAGAAAAUCAUGGAAGAUCUGCGUACCCGGCUGUUGCACAAAAAGAACCGGCGGGACUCGAAGCGUGGCACGGAUGGAGGCCGCGACCGUGACCGGGAGGCAGAACAGAUGCACGCGGAGGAGGAGGAAUACUAUGCGGAGAAGAGGGAACGCCGCCGGGAGCAGCAUCUGCAUCGCCGGUACCGCGAGGAGGAGCAAGCAAAUGAAGGAGCCGCGAGGGAACGCACACGACACCAUGACGCCGAUCGUCGGCGACAUGCCGGGGAGGUGGUGGAAGUGCUGGAAAGCCCCGAUCACUCCCACUACCACCAGCAGAAAACGUCGAGUGCACCCCGCACGGCGGAGGAAAAGGAGCAGGAGGAGCGUCGGGCGAAGCUGCUGGAAGCGGACCGGGAGAUGCUCCGCCGGAAGGAGCUGGCACGGGAAGAGCUGGAAGCAAGGCGGCUGCGCAAGGAGGAGGAGCGUGGCAGGGGCAUCGAGACGGAAUCGGAGGAAGACACCGACGAGGAGGACGACGGGGAGAUGGAAGAAGAGGAGGAAGAAGAGGAAGAGGAGCGCCCGUCGUACGAGGACGAUGACGUUGAGAUGGUGCCGGAAGAGGACCGCACACGAAGAGCCGCUGACGAGCGGGGUACGAAGCGUCGAGGCGAACGGGGCAGAGAACGAAAGCGUCACCACCGGAAUCGACAUGCGUCCUCUCACUCACACACCAGCUCAUCGCACGGUUCGGAGGAGGACGAACGGGACGAAGAGCAUCCACCGGGAAGUCCGCUUUCGGUGGGCGAUUUGGCAAAAUCGGAUCGUCGCCAUUCCGGCUCGUUCAACUCCCAGUCCCGAUCGCCAACGAACUCACGUUCGGGUUCGGAAUCGGGUUCACGAAGUCGUUCGCGAAGUCCUCGGCGGCACCGUCGGCACGAGGGACGUGAUAGUCGCAGUCCAAGUAGUCGCAGCCGCUCGAGAGAAGAAGAGUCAAGAAAGCGUUCAACUGGCGGCGGUGGAGGUGAUGAUGAGGGAAAGGGCGAGGAAGGAAAAGCGUCCGGCGAAGCAAAACCAGCGGUCGGUGAGGAGGAAUCGAAAGAGGUGGAGGUUAAGGAUACACUUCCACCGUACUAUCCGGGCAUACAGGGUUGCCGCUCGGUGGAGGAAUUCCUCUGUCUCAAUCGCAUCGAAGAAGGCACGUACGGUGUGGUGUACCGGGCGAAGGACAAACGCACCGAAGAGAUUGUCGCCCUGAAGCGGCUAAAGAUGGAGAAGGAAAAGGAGGGCUUCCCCAUUACGUCCCUUCGGGAGAUUAACACACUGCUCAAGGGGCAGCACCCGAACAUUGUGACCGUGCGGGAGAUUGUGGUCGGCAGCAACAUGGACAAAAUCUUCAUCGUGAUGGAUUACGUCGAGCACGAUCUGAAGUCACUGAUGGAAACGAUGAAGCACAAGAAGCAGGUCUUUCUCCCCGGCGAGGUCAAAUGUCUAACGCAGCAGCUGCUCCGGGCCGUCGCCCACCUGCACGACAACUGGAUCCUGCACCGGGAUCUGAAAACGUCCAAUCUGCUCCUGUCCCACAAAGGCAUCCUGAAGGUGGGUGAUUUCGGGCUCGCCCGCGAGUACGGUUCCCCCCUCAAACCGUACACCUCGAUCGUCGUUACGCUCUGGUACCGGGCGCCCGAACUGCUGCUCUGCUGCAAGGAAUACUCCACCCCCAUCGACAUCUGGUCGGUCGGUUGCAUCUUUGCGGAGUUUCUCUCGAUGGCGGCACUCUUCCCGGGCAAGACGGAAAUCGAUCAGCUGAACCGCAUCUUCAAGGAUUUGGGCACGCCGAACGAAAAGAUCUGGCCGGGCUACAACGAGCUGCCGGCCGUACAGAAAAUGACCUUCACCGAGUAUCCGGUGUCGAACUUGAGGAAGAAGUUCGCCCACCUUACGAGCGAGCUGGGCAUUUCGCUGCUCCAAGGCCUGCUGACGUUCGAUCCGAAGCAACGGCUGACGGCGGAGGCGGCCCUGCAGCACAACUACUUCAAGGAGCUGCCGCUGCCGAUCGAUCCGGCCAUGUUCCCCACCUGGCCGGCCAAGAGUGAGCUCGGGCUGAAGAAAGCGCUCGCCUCGAGCCCCAAGCCGCCGAGCGGUGGUGGAGAGUUUAAAAAGCUGGGCGAUGAUGCCGUGCCGGACAAUGCAGGCUUUCAUCUUGGCGGCACGACGUACGCGGAAUCGCGCCAGCUUGCCAUGGGACCAGGGUUUAGCCUGAAAUUCUGAGGGCACGAGCUGUCAUCCGGGUUCGGGUUGAAGUAGGCUGUGCGCGCACCCAGCACUACUUGCACCGAGCACCGGUUGACACUGAGACUGGCGGGCUGCCGCCGUCGUCCGAUAACGCGAGAUAAUCGAAAUUCCAGACACAAUUAUCACAAUAGAAAUGAAAAGUGAAAUGCAGAAAUUGGAAAGGCUUCGCCAACAUUACAAGGAAGUUAGUUUUUAAAACAUGAAAAUUAAUACAAUUUACAUUAGUGUUCUUUAAAAAGAAA